CCCGAAUUGAUUGGGGGGCACUAUGGGCUGGCAGCCUCUGAUUGGCCGGCUCGGUGGACCCUGAGGGGCCGGUUUUUUUACAUCAACGACACUUUUUUGUCGUCGUGCAAGGUUCAAACGACGACUUCGUGAUUCACACCGCUCCUGCACGUACGAAUACGCAUUCUGUGCAGUUGGCAUAACAAAGGAUAAUUGGGAUCUUGUGCAUCUUUACAAACGGCCUCUUGCAUCUGUUGGGACUUCUUGGGGCUCGCGCCUUGCGUCCGUCAUUCGCUCUCUCCGCCCUUCGUUCGGGGGCCUCGGGCCUCUCCGCUGUUGCGCCCCCAGUCUGAGAGCGAGAAGUAGAUAUUUCUCACGAGCUAUGGCUGCUGAAACUAUUCCGGAAGCCCAAGCUGCUGUGUCAGGGGAGCAGGGCCGCAGCAAUGGGAAGACGAAGCUGCACGGGCGUGCCUUCUACGAGAGCAUCGGGAGUCCGAAACUCGUGCUUGCGCCUAUGGUCGAGCAGUCUGAAUUCGCAUGGCGAAUGCUAACCCGCUCCUUCCUCCCCGCCUCCGAACAACGCAACCUCCUCUGCUACACCCCGAUGUUCCACUCCAAGAUGUUCUCCGAGAUGCCCAAGUACCGCGACUCGCACUUCCAACCGCUCAAAGGCGCCAUACCUUCCCCGCCGGACUCCUACCACCUCUCCCAGACUCCCCCCUCGGACCUCCACCUGGACGGCCACCCCGAGAUAGACAGGCCGCUGACCGUACAAUUCUGCUCCAACGACCCCGACGACUUCCUCAACGCAGCGAAGCACGUAGCCCCCUUCUGCGACGCCGUCGACCUCAACCUAGGAUGCCCCCAGGGCAUCGCGCGGCGCGGCAACUACGGCGCGUUCCUGCAGGAAAACUGGCCGUUGAUAUCGAGCAUGAUCAAGAAGCUGCACGCGGAGCUGGAGAUCCCCGUCACCGCGAAGUUCCGCAUCCAAGAGACGAGGGAGAAGACGUUGGAGUACGCGAAGAUGAUUCUGGAUUCCGGCGCGAGUAUCAUUACGGUGCAUGGACGGCGCAGGGAGCAGAAGGGUCAUAAUACAGGCUUGGCGGAUUGGACGGCGAUAAGGUAUCUGAGGGAUAAUUUGCCCGAGGAUACGGUUAUCUUUGCGAAUGGGAAUAUCUUGCAGCAUGGGGAUAUUGAGCAGUGUUUGGCUGAGACGGGUGCUGAUGGUGUCAUGAGUGCUGAGGGUAACCUUAACGAUCCGACUAUCUUCGCAGAACCCCCGCCUGUGGGUCAAGAGGGUAGAGAAUACUGGCGCGGUCGAGACGGAAAGGGUGGAUAUAGAGUCGACGCCGUGAUGCGCCGGUACAUGGACAUCAUCCACAAAUAUGCGCUCGGACAGGCCCCGCCGGAACGGAAGCAACUGUACCUACCAGGAGAUGCCGAAGAGGAGGUCGUGGAACCUGUCGCCGCCCCAGAAAGCGAAGAAGACGGCCCACCAAAGAAGAAGAUCAAGCAGUCAAAGGCGGACAAGAGGAAAGAAAGCGUCAAGAACCCCAACCUCACCGCAAUGCAGGCACACUUGUUCAAUCUCCUCAAGCCGCUCGUCGCGGUGCAUCACGACGUUCGCGACGCACUGGCCAAGUGUCGCGUGGGACAGAUCGACGCUUUUGAGAACGUCCUUCGGCUCGUCGAGAAGGCCGUCAAGGAAGGGUUGAUCCAGUAUGAGAAGGACAACGCUGCUACGACGGACGAGCCAUCUGUUGAGGCCGAAAAGGCGCCUGAGACGACGCAAGAAGGAGCCACAGAAGAGAUCGACGACCCAUGGCAAUCCUCACACAAGGCUGUCGCUCGUUGCAAACGCCCUUGGUGGGUGUGCCAGGCUUAUGUUCGACCCGUUCCAAAGGAGGCGUUCGAGAAGGGCUCCAUGUCGCUCAGCAAGAAGCAGAAGAAGAAGCUACAGGAAGAGGAAGAAAAUGCCAAAGCUGCGGGGCUUGAGCCGGGUGGCCGUAUUGAGAAAGAGACUCUUGUCACUGCGAACGGUGCAAAUGGAGUUGAAGAGAAACAGGUGGAGAUACCCAAGGAAGGCGUGGUCUGUGGAUGAAGCAUCAGUUUCGACAUGUAUAACUACAAGAAGCCAGACCCCCACCACCAAAGCACGAAGUCGUCCGAGCCGAACACGGAGAUUUCGACACGCCAGCAAUGUACCCCUCCAGAUACAAUGAAAUCACUGGAAAGGGCUUUGCACGUUGCUCGGAAUGUAGCAGUGAUUGCUUCCACGCGUACCAAUGCUGGCCAACCUCCAUUCUAGCCAGUGAAUAGCGGAGGUUAGGAUUGGACAACAAGCACGUCAACAAAUCGCAUCGAUAGUCCCUUGAGGACAUGCCGAGUUGUUCAGUGAUAAGACAUUUCGAACACGUUGUGAGUGAUUGUUUUGUGGAUUCGUUUGACCAUUCGUAUAGAAGGUGAUUGACAAAGUCAACCCCCACCGUUUGUUAGACUAGAACAAGUGCAAUAACAACUGUCUGAU